CGACCUCCCAAGCCGAGCCGGACCGAUCACUUCUGACCUGCCGCCGCGCAGCCAUUUGCCUCUUUCUUCUGCAACCCUGAGCCGCGCCAGCCGUGCGAAGCCCCCCGGCGCGCCCUCCACACGCGGGCGCGAUGUCCGCAGCGCAGGCCCGCUCUCACCGCCGCAUGUGGGCUGGGGGCGCCGGGGCCAGCACGCCCGUGCUCAUCCUGGAGGCCUCGGCGGCGGCGGGGGGCCUGAGAGCGCCAGCGCGCGCGCGGGGGGCCGCGCGGGGGGCUCUCUGCUGCGGGCCGGUGCACGGCCACGCGGUCGUGGCCCGGGCCUCCACCACUGCUUCGGAUCGAAUCGAAUCGGAGCUUCCCCGGGUGGCCAGCGAGCCUAUGGCCUGCAGGGCCGCCCCGCCGCCGACGGGGGCGCCUCGGGACCGCCACGGGGGGGCCGCGCCGCGCCUGGGGCUCUGUGCGCCGCGCGGCCCGCCGCCGGCCGGCGAGCGGCUCGCGUGGCGAACGCCAGA